GUUAUCCCUUUGUCCCGGGGAGCUGGUCUGACAGGAACUGGAGCAGCCGGAGGGUGGCUCCGGGUGGCCGCGGUGUCCUGGUCCUGCCCCGUGCCAGACCCGGGGGAUCCGGGGGCUAAAGGCAGGCCAGGCCCCCGGGGCACCGAGGGGCUCUGAUGGGCUGAUCCUGGCCUGGUGGAGAUGUGCCGAGUGGGCCACCUCGAUCCCAGCGGCCACCGAACGGUGCUGAUGAGAACGGGCUUCAUCCUCCUCAUCGUCGGGCACCUCAUCUUCAUCACCGCGGCCCUGGUGCACGGCACCGCGCUGCGCUUCGUGCUCACCGCCCUCGACGCCACCUCCCUGCACUACGGUGUCACCAACAGCGCCUCUGUCAUUGCUGCGCUGCUGACCAUCUCCUGUGGAGUCUGUGCCCUGCUGCUCUCCCGUUACCUCGGCCCUGCUGCCCUGCGCUGCCUCUCCUCUCCUCUCCCUCCUGCAGAAAUGGGCUCUGCUGGCCCUGAGCUCCUGCAGCAGCCUGGGCUGCCUGUGCUGCCUGCUGGGGCUGCUCGUGGCCAUCGGCCUGACCCUGGCCACCCAGGGCCGGGUGCUGCUGGCCCCCUGCUCCACCGGCAGCACCGCCCUGGCCCCAGUGUCCCACGAGUGCCCCUUCGACCCCACCCGCGUCUACAGCUCCACGCUGUCCCUCUGGGUCAUCUCGCUCCUGCUGGAGGCCAUGGGGAUCUUCUUCAGCACCCGCUGCCUCCUGCUCACCCUCGAGCUCCUGAGCCUCGGCCGCUGCUGCCGCGGGAUGCUCCGGAUGAGGGUCUCCCUGCAGGCAGCCCCUGUGCAGAGCCCUGGCCCUGGGCAGUGCCUGGCCUUGCUGAGACUGGACAGUGGAGAAAUUGCCCGGCUCUGAGGGAUAAACCACCCUGUGGAUGUGUCCUGGCCCUUCCUGCCCCGUUCCAGCACCAGCACAGCCCCACAACAGGACUCAGCUGCCUCCCAGGAUGAGUGGACACAUCCCCUGGAACACGAGCCCAUCCCAUGGCCUUGGGCUGCAGCAAGGGAUGGAACUGGCCUGGAUCCAGACCCUGCAGGGAGGAACUUUCCCCAGGGGCUCCGUGUCCCCUUUCCCAGCACGGACUGCACUGACACAAACUUUAUUCUGCAGGUAUUGAAGGCCAGAAGCACAGCCCCCCACCCUGCACUGGCCGUGGGGAAGGGGCUGACCCAGCCCUGCCCGUGCUGGGGACCCCCAAGCCACCGGGGCUUUGUCCCCUGGGCUGUGUCCCCACACCUGUCCCACCAGGCUGGGCUGUCCCCUGCUCCAAGCCCCGGUGCUGGGGGGUCUGUCCUCACUCAGGGCAGACCCUGCCUCCACCCUCCCACCAGUGAAGCCAGUGCAGGAGCCCCCCAGGGAUGGAGAUGUCCCCUGGGCCCCCCUCACCCCAAUAUUAGCCAGGCUCCAGCUCUCAUCCCACGAGGGGCUGUGGGGGCACAGCAGGGACUGCAGGGGCUGGGCAAGGGACAGUGACCAUCUGCAGGGUGGGGGGUGGCAGGGGGGGGCUCUGGGGGUCCGUGGGGCUCAGAACUGCAUGGCCCCGCUGGGGUCACACUGCAGCAGGCGCACGAUGGACGGGUCACUCUUGGCCCCUCUGAUGAACUCCUCCAGCGAGAGCUUCCCUGCGGGGAAGGGGACACGGCUCAGCCACCUCCCAGCACCAGAGACCACCCAGAGCAGCCCAUGGACCCCUCCCCACCCGGUGGGAGCACCCUGGGGUGCCCAGCACCCUGAGCCCUCGGACAUGAGCCAUUUAAUCAGCUCCUCCUGAGAGCCCUGGAUUUAGCCAUGAGACCUUUCCCUAAUCCCCCGCAGCUCCUCUCAUUUACCAUCGUUAUUAGUAUCCAUCUGUCGGAA